GCUGGUUUGCGCAGAGCUUCGUCUCUGAGACUCUGAGCAGUUCGCCUGUUUGUGUUUUUCGCUUUCGGUGUAAGGUUUGUUCUAUUGCAAAAUGGCUUACAACGGUGAUAGUACCAUGGCAAAACGGCAAAAAACCGACGGUGAUGGUGAUCCCAACAAUCAUGCGGAAUCGUUCAACAGCAUAAACGAGCCAAAAAGAAAACGCGCGGAGAUAAUCGAGAAGCCCAACCAUGUGCUUUUAUUCACAGUCAUCAACCCAGCCUAUCCCAUCACAGUGGACGUUAUCCACACAAUCUGCACACCCAUCGGUCAAGUGCUUCGCAUUGUGAUCUUCAAGAAGAAUGGCGUUCAAGCUAUGGUUGAAUUUGACAGUGUCGAAACAGCAAAACGAGCCAAAGAAAACCUCCAUGGCGCUGACAUCUAUUCCGGUUGUUGCACGCUGAAAAUUGAAUACGCUAAGCCUACAAAAUUGAACGUAUCGAAAAAUGAUAUUGAGAGUUGGGACUACACUAAUCCUAAUUUGGGUGAGUGUGACCCACGUUGGAACGGAGAUAAGCAGAAGAGAAGAAAGCAAGUUGAGAGUGUGGGAAAUCGACCUGCUCCCUUAUUGGCUGACCCUCGAUUUGGGGCGGGGCCUCAGCCCUUCCGCGGUGGUAAUGACGGUAUGAGAGGACCUGGGAAUUUCUUGGACUAUGACGAGCCUGGAUUUCACGGCGAGUCUGGCUUCGGAGACCACUUUGCAGAGAGAUAUCCACCUGGACCGAUGGAAAGAUUGAACAAUCGAGGCUACAUGAUGGGCGCACAGGCGGGGCCACCGCCGCCGCACGGGCGCGAGCCCCUAGUGGGGGCACACGGGGGGCCACCGGCCAUCAGGGGCACAUUCGCGGGGGCCACCACUGGCGCUCCCCCCCUGGCAGCCCACGGCCCCCCCGGUGCCGACGCCAGCAACUCGGGCGGCGCCGUCAUGAUGGUCUACGGCCUCAACAAGGAAAAGUCCAAUCCCGACAUACUCUUCAAUCUCUUCUGUCUUUACGGAAACGUUGUACGCGUAAAAUUUUUGAAGACAAAAGAAGGAUGCGCUAUGAUACAAAUGGGAGACAAUCUGGCUGUAGAAAGGUGCAUAUGGUAUUUGAACAACAAAACCGUACUCGGAUCACGUAUACAGCUUGGAUUUUCGAAACAAGCCUACCUGAGUGACGUAGUCCAGCCAUACACUCUUCCAGACUCGAGUUUCUCAUUCAAAGACUUCAUGGGCAACAAGAACAACAGAUUCAUCAACCCAGCAAUGGCUGUCAAAAAUAGAAUACAGGGACCGUCCAAGAUUUUGCAUUUCUUCAACACACCGCCAAAUGUGAAAGAAGACACUCUGUUCGAAGUAUUCGAAAACUUCGAUGCACCCAAACCGAAGACUAUUAAGCUAUUUCCAAUGAAGGGUGAUAAGAGUUCAACAGGUCUAAUGGAAUUCGAUGACGUGACAGAAGCAAUCGACGCAUUAGUACUCUGCAACCACGCCAGCAUCAAAAACCAUGGUGGCAGAUUCCCCUACGUGAUGAAGCUGUGCUUCUCGUCGAAUCGAACAACAGAAAUGAACGGCCGAGGAGUGGGAGGGGGUGGUGGCAUGGGGGCCUCCCCCUUCAACAACAACAAAAACAAGAACAACAACAACAUGGACAUGGAUGGCCAUCAUGGCAACAUGGACUAGGCGACAAGCACGUGUCAGUGGCAGUUUCCUCUUCUUAAGCGUCAAUUAUUAACGAUAAGCGCCUCCCCAAUUUUAACCAAAAUUACUACAAUGAUGGAGUAAAUUGUUCAAAAUCAGCAGCAUUGCCAUCUUGGCAGUUGUACUGCCUCGUCGACUCGAGCCCAACGAAAUCAUCGUCGACUAGGUUUAGUGUGUCGUUUUUAUUGUUAAAUUGACGUGAUUUAUUGCAUAAAUUGAGUGGAUCGUCGCUAUUUGCCCCCUAAAUUCGUCUCUAUGUGUUUGUUUGUCCCUCUCCUCGCCACCUCCUAUUUCUCUCUCUUUGUCUCUUGUUGAGAAACUCUAUCUCUCUUUGUGAAACUGCCACCUCGAACCAUCAACCAGUGUGUGUGAGUGUGUUCUUCUCAAGACGGGAUAAAUUCCAUGUUAGUUUAUAGACUAGACUUUAUAUAUUUUUAUUUUCCAUAUUUUUUUCUAGAUUCGUAAGAGUUAUUGUGUAUUAUGAUAUUGUACAAGGCGAUACAAUGUUCGACCAUAAAAGUAGCGUUAAAUUUUUGUGAAGCAUCUGUGUAUAAAUUGAUUAAUGAAGAGGAAAAUUUCUAAUGACUUUUGAUAUUUUAUAAUUUGAAACGAAUGGAAAACUCUUUCUUCCUACUGGAAAAUUAUUAAAUUAUGGAAAAUCAUUGUUUGUUUUUUUUUAGGGUGGGUGUUGAUUGUUGAUUAUGGUAUCGUGUAAAAUGAUAGCUGCAGUCAAUUUCAAUGCAGACCUUGGAAAAUUGUUUACUUUGAAGCUCCUCUCUACAGGGAAAAAUUACAAAUAAACUAGAAGUGCAAAGCACUGCAUGCUAUGUAACAAAUUAAUUCGUCUAGUGUGCGAGCCGAUUUUCCUGUACCACAGGACCUCUUCAUUUUUAUGAUUAUGAUUCAUAUUUUUGAUUACUUAUGGGCUGUUUAUUACUCUUGAUAUGAAACAUGUAGCUAAUUCAAUUAGUACUCGUAUUCAUUUUUUAUGAAUAUAAUAUCGACUGCUGAAAAAAUAAGGGUAACUGCUGGUUGCAUUUAAUAUUUGAAUGAUGCUGAUGGACUUAAUUAAAAUGUAUAUUUCCCAAAGUCAUAGGAGAGUCUGCUAUUCCGACGGUUAUGGGUUUUAUUCCCUUUGAGGAAGGCAUUUUCUCAUAAUCUUUUCGUUACUUUACAAUCCAGUAUGAUAAUAUUAUUUAUCAUUCAUUCGUUAUUAUAUGAACCAUAAAAAUGAACAGUUGAUUCAGAGAUAUAACAGAUAUUGUAGAUUUUUCUUUUCAUUCACUCUGCAUAAUGUUUCAACGAACAGAUCAAAACCAGGGUUCAUUCUAUUAAUUUUUCAAUUUAGUUGAAGCUUCGUUCAUAAGAAAAUAAGUUCGAGCUAUCAAUUCCACAACAUCAAAAUCAACAAUAUACUCUCAUCUUUAGUUUUAAUUCACAACUGCAUUUUCUAUAAGGAACUAUAAUAUAAGCAUAUAAUGCUACAGAAUCGUUUUAAGUAGAUAUAUGUUAGAUUGUAGUAAUCUACCUACUGAAACAAAUAUCCAUAAAAAAUCAUUACAAGUUGUAUGAUUUUGAUAAAGUUGAAUGGUUGAUGAAAGAUCUACUAUUGCAAUUUAGAAUUUGGGCUGGUAUGAUUCAAAAUAGAAUAGAAAAUUGAAUGAUAAUCUCAUUGAUUAUCAGAUUUUUUCAUUGUUGAUAUACUUUUAAUCUAUCAAUUCUGAUUACUCUUAUCUACUGGUAACAUCUCUCUCGUUUAACACAGAUCCGAAUUGAAGUUUUUUAAGGGUUGAGACGCAAUUCUUUACUUUAAGAAAUUCUAACUACAUGUCUUCAUAGACAUUUUCCGAUCCAGAAAAAAGUUACUAACUUGACUGCUCCAAUUUUAGUAAUUUUCCAAUUACAAUCCAACUAUUGAAGAAUUUACUUAACUGUAUUGAAUUCAGUAAUUUUAGUAGUAAUUGAGUAAUAAUAAUUUUAGUAAUAACCUCAUAUAUAAAUUAUGGUCUGAUGCAAAUAUAAUUGGCGCCAUUUUGAGUUAUUUUUAAGCUAUUGCAUUCGUUCAGACCUUCGAGUUAUAUGGAAGAGCUUAUUACUAGUAGAUAUCAAUUUUCCCUGUUAUUUUUUAAAGAAUGUUGGAUUACCCCAAUGAGAUAUGUACAAUAAGAGCAAUUUUCUUGAGAGAAAAGAUUGCUGCAUUCAUGAAUAAUUUUCAAAAAUACCCAAACGUACCUUUUUAAAGGUAAUUUUGACUUAUAGAACCACUGAUAUUAUUGCCAAAAUUUCCAGUUGUUUUUUGAUCAAAUAAUGUAGUCUACAUUUAUUUAAACUUCAUUGCAAAAUUACCUUCUUGCAGUUAUUGUAAACAGGAAUUUUUGAUAGUCUAAAACCAACUCAUGAGUAAUUCUUCUCUAUAAAAUUACUGGAGUUGUUACAAAAAAUUAAAUAUGUUCUUCAAUUUGCAGUCCUCAAAUAUACAUUCUCAUUAAUCAUGUUAAAACCGCUAUAAUUUAUCGAAAUUUCUGGGAUCAAAAUGUAAGGCCUACUCCAUUUCAAAUUUACCAAAGUAUGAAGAGAGAUUAAGUAAUAUUUGUAAAUAACUGUUCUCAGUUUUUACUUACGUUUUUGGUUAUUCAACUUAUUAAAUUGUUUGUUUAGAUUAUUUUUGAAUUUAUUGUUUUGAUUAGAAGAUUGUUUAAUCGAUUGAAUUAAUUCUUCAAUUAUAAAUUCUUUGAAUCAUUCUUUAUUGAAAAAUAUUUAUUGAUUGAUUGCUUCAAACCUGGAUGUUAACUUCUUUAAUUUUUUCACAAGAUAUUUUUUUACACAAUUUUGUGGAGAGUGACAGCUUUUGUCAGGGACCAAGGUUAGGUGCUGAAACUGAUUUUUUUUUAAAAUAACCACUCUAUUUUACCAAAUUCACGCUUGAACACCAGAUAACUCAAAAAAGUGCUUUUUACACUUGAAAUGUUUGAUUUUCCGUGCAGAAGAAACCGUCCAACUUGCAUUUUACUUUUAUUUUACAUCAAACAUUUUGAAAUUAUUUUGCAUGAGAUAAUUCAUAAAUUGCAUGUAAUGAAGGAUUUGCAGAUGUGGAGACUUUUACCAAAAAUUUAGUUUUUUGUCAUGUUUUGUACAAUUAUUAUUAGUCUAUAAGAAAUUCUAAUUCUUGUCAUUAAAAGUGUAAUAAAGAAUCAUAAUAAACUCACAAGUAAUCAUAAAAAGUUUGUCCUAAGGCUUAUCCAGAUCAGGCAUUUAUAAAACAUUACACUUCUAAAUAUAUCUAGUUUUCACCUUGGGGAUUUUAUUCAUAUUAGUCUAAGAAUCUUUCAUUUUUUUAUCAGUGUUAUAAUUAUCUCAAACUCACAAUUUGUCAUUGAAAGCUUGUAGGAAGGCUUCUUCAGAUUUAUAAAGAUUUCUAAACAGUAAUAAAUCUACUUUAUUUUAAACUUUGACUUUAUAAUUAACCUAUUACUUUAUCUUAAACGACUUUAUAAUUAGUUUCUAUGAUAUUUAACCUAAAUAUAGAACGUUUUCUUUUUCAUUAUAUCGGUUAUAAUGCUAUUAUCAACUAACAACUAAUAUCAUUAAACCCUGAAGCCAGCUUCUUAUUAAAAUCUUAUAAACUUCUAAUUUUUAAGAUUGAAAAGACAGUCGAAUGUAAGAAUUACUAAUCUUUUAAAAUUGUUUCAUUCAUUACCUAUUUUGGUUUUUUGAUUAAUCAAUAAUUAUUAUUUCUUUAUCAGUGUUAAUCCAUGUAUACUACUAUGCUUAAUUUUAUAUUGUAAUCUAUCAUUAUUCAAUCUUGAUAGAUGCAGUAAAUGAAAAUGUAUAAAAACUUGAAUAUAUAAUAUUGUAAUAUUCUUCUGAAGUCAAUUUAACUUCAAAGUUCAUUCUUCCUAGCUGGAAAAUAAAAUGUGAAAUUUGUACAUAAUACAAGUUCACCUUAUGUUUUUUCUACUUAAUCUGGAAUUGGAAUUGUGGUAUUAAAGUUAUAGUUGGGUUACCGCAAUCGGUACUACAUGACUACGUGUCGGUUUGGCAUAAGGAGCGGAGAGGCUUCCCUUACGGACAAAAGGACAUCAUGAGCAAUUCAAGGAAUCCUUGGAUACUAUGUAAUAGUAAUAAAUGUAAUGCUAUAGUCGUUUACAUUACUCUCUUCUGUCGUUUGAUCGACUACCUAUUGAUAGAUUUCAUCACUGUACCUUGAAAAAAUAAAUAAUGUAAUCGGUGUUGCAUAGAAUAUGUGAAACUAUUGUUUAGUUUAUUGAUAGUCAACUUUCUUGGAUGUUGUAUAGUAUAAAUAUUAUAGAUGUACUAGUACUAGACGUUUAUGUUGCGUUUAGAUUGUAGAUUCGGCAAUUUAUUACGAAGAUACCACGCUAUUAUAAUUAUAGUAGACUAAUUACUUCGGUGUUAAUUGAUCGACCAGGUGUAAACUCAUCAAGCAAACAGAAUUGAUUCCAUUCUAACCACGAAUAGUUUUGGAAAGUAUUUCGGCAAGCUAAAUGAGUGAUUCAUUGCGCUCUACAUUGUUUGAAUUCUGAUCGAUACUAAAUUCAUAUUUGCCAGAUCAAUGUAAAGAAAGACAUAAAUAAUAGAAAUCCCAAUUACUGCAGACAGGAUUGCUUUUUGAGAGAGAAUCGGUCAUAGUCCAUGGAAAUAAUUCGUGUAAAUUCACAAAUAUUCUAAUGUAUUCAUUUAUAUUAGAAGUGAAACAUUGAUGUAAUAGGUACCUGUUGAAAUUAUUAUAUAUUAGGUUUUUCUUUUUUCUAGAAGAAAUCUGUCAUUAUUCAUGGAAAUAUUUGUAAAACUUCGGAAAGAUAACUUUAAUUAUUCAAAAUACUAGGUACGCUAAUAAUUAGCGUAUAGCGCCAAUAAUUAUUGUAACAUGGGUUUCUAAAGCAUGUGGUAGGUGCCUAUUACAAUAGAAUGUUUAUUAUUUAAAAAAUAGUAAAUAAACAUAAUUUAUUCGAGAAAGAAAUUGAACGAACAUGUUUCAAAUGUAAAAGGAUCAAGUUGGAUGAGAUUUAAAAAAAUAGAAAACAUGAAAUUGCCGUAGUUGAAGGAAAGAUGGAUUAACAUGAUUUCAACAAGAUAUUUUCGAUAUCUCUGGAGAAAACGUUCAAAGAAGUUGGAUUUUUAUUCCAAUUUCAAGUUUGUAGCCUACAGAGGAUGAAAUCCGAUUCGGUUUGACUGUUGAGUUGGCAUCAUUGUAGUUUAGCUAGUAACUUCUGUGGCCAGUACUGUAUGUGAAUCUAUUCUUUGCAAUAAUAUGUGACUGAAUAGGGGAAGUGAAUGAUAAUAUUGUACUGAUGAAAACUGUAUGGUUUAUUGAUAAGUUGAUGAUAUUAUUAAUUGCAUUGAGAGUAUCUUGUUGUAAAGUGUUUCAGCCUGGCAUUAUUACUAUAUCUUAAUAUAAGUUUUGUACGCUACUGUACUCCUUUGUUAAGUUAAUGAGUGAUGAUGUUCUCUCUCAGCUAUUUGUAGUACUAAAGUUUGUUCUACAAAAACUUUCUAGUACUGUUUGUAGUAGACAAUUUCAAUCUUAGUACAAAGUUGAAUUUGUUGUUAUCAUCUUGAAGUGAGGCAUAUUGUUUUUUUGAUAUUAGGCUUGAAUUUGUGUUGAAUAAGUAGUUAAAUUUAGUAGAUUACUUCUGUGAGAGUGUAUGUAUGAUUGGCUAUGAUAAUAGAUACAUUGAAUAAUAA